AUGCUACUGAGCGGAGCUCCUCCGGCGGGCUCCGGCCCGGGGCCGCGCACGCAGGGGGGCGCCGGGGGCGGCCCGGGAGGAUCCCGGCGGGGUGCCGGAGGUGCCGGGGCCGGCCCGGGAGGGGGUGGCAGCGGUGGAGUAGCCAAGUGGCUGCGGGAGCAUCUGGGCUUCCGCGGGGGCGGGGGGGGCGGCGGCGGCGGCGGAGGGGGGGGCAAGCCGGCGCCCCCGGAGCCCGACUACCGCCCCCCGGCGCCCGGCCCGGCCGCGCCCCCCGCGCCGCCCCCGGACAUCCUGGCCGCCUACAGGCUGCAGCGGGAGCGCGACUUUGAAGACCCGUACUCCGGGGGGUCGUCGGGCUCCGCGGCCCUGGCCGCCCCCGCGACCCCGGGACCCACGCCGCCCCCGCGCCACGGCUCGCCCCCUCACCGCCUCAUACGGGUCGAGACCCCCGGGCCCCCGGCGCCCCCUCCCGAGGAGCGGACCUCCGGACCUCCGGCCGGCAGCGACCGGUUGGCCAUCCUAGAAGACUAUGCGGACCCAUUUGAUGUUCAGGGGGCUGGUGAGGCCUCAUCGGGAGCUCCAGGAGCCCCAGAGAAGGCCCCUGAAAAUGAUGGCUACAUGGAACCCUAUGAAGCCCAAAAGAUGAUGGCUGAGAUCCGGGGCUCUAAGGAGACCACAGCUCAGCCCUUGCCCUUGUAUGACACGCCCUAUGAGCCAGAGGAGGAGGGAGCCACCCCAGAGGGCGAGGGGUCCCCGUGGCCCCGGGAGUCCCGCCUGCCCGAGGAUGAUGAGAGGCCCCCAGAAGAGUAUGACCAACCCUGGGAGUGGAAGAAGGAGCGGAUUUCCAAAGCCUUUGCAGUUGACAUAAAGGUCAUCAAAGACCUACCUUGGCCUCCGCCUGUGGGACAGCUGGACAGCAGCCCUUCCCUGCCCGACGGGGACAGGGACAUCUCCGGUCCAGCCUCACCCCUCCCUGAGCCCAGCCUGGAGGAGAGCAGCGCCCAGUUUGAAGGAUCCGAGAAGAGCUGCCUGUCGCCUGGCCAGGAGGAGAAGGGGAGACUACCUCCCCGACUUUCUGCAGGGAACCCCAAGUCAGCCAAGCCCGUAGGCGCAGAGCCCAGCAGUCCCCUGGGCGAGUGGACAGACCCAGCACUGCCGCUGGAAAACCAGGUCUGGUACCACGGGGCCAUCAGCCGAACAGAUGCCGAGAAUCUGCUCCGGCUGUGCAAAGAGGCCAGCUACCUGGUGCGAAACAGCGAGACCAGCAAGAAUGACUUCUCCCUGUCCCUCAAGAGCAAUCAGGGCUUCAUGCACAUGAAGCUGUCCCGGACCAAGGAACAUAAGUACGUGCUGGGCCAGAACAGCCCGCCCUUCAGCAGCGUGCCCGAGAUCGUGCACCACUACGCCAGCCGCAAACUGCCCAUCAAGGGGGCCGAACACAUGUCCCUGCUCUACCCCGUGGCCAUCCGGACUCUGUAAGGCGGGAGGCCAGGGCACCACGACAGAUCGGCACCCAGCCCUGGCCCUCGGCCAGGGAGCUGGGGUUCUUCCCCGGGGCAAUCCUUUCUUCCCCCUUUGCCCUGGGAUCUAGUAGAUGUUGGAGACUCCUUAAUUUAUUCUCAAGGGGAAAGGCUACUGGGGCCUUGGAGUUAGAGGGUGUCUGGAGCCGGGGGGAAGAGAAAAGCCUGAAGAGACGGGAGGUGUAGCUCCUGAAGGAGGUGGACUGCAGAGCCGCCGCUCUCCUGGAAGUUGGCACCCGGCAGCUGCCACCCCCCCCCCCCCACGAUCGACCCCAGGGAAGAGGUGGCAGUCUUCACUACCACCGCCACCCCCUCCUGGGUCAUCAGCACCCCGGGUGAAAGGAGGCCACCCCCACUUCUAAGUCACUGGUGGGGCUUCUUCGCCCAGUCGGGGGAGGCAGGGGCAAGGCGAGACCUCCUGGGAUGGAGGUCGGGGGGUGAGGGGUGCCCGUUGGGUGGCAAGAGGAGGAGGGAGAUCUCGCUCAGGCUGAGGGAUCUUGCCGCCCGCAGUCCCGGGGCCGCCCAGGCUCCCCGCCAGAGGCAAUAAAUAAAUCGGAUCCU